GCUUUCGUCAUCUUAUUCCUCGCAAACCCUCAAUCGGAGAUUCUACAGCGAUCCACCAUUUCCACCCCUAAAUUUUCUUCCGGCAGCCCUAAUUCUUCUUUUACUUCAAACGCAUCAAUUACGUACUGCGAUUUUCGAAAAUGGGUCUGUGGACACUUCUAGAAGGAUGCCUGCUUCUUGCGAAUGCAUUGGCCAUACUAAACGAAGAUCGAUUUCUUGCUCCUAGAAGAUGGAGCUUUCAAGAAUAUUCCGGGGUUAAAAGAAACACGUUCAAAGGUCAAAUUCUAGGCCUUAUAUACGCCACACAGUACUUGAGAGUUCCUCUCAUACUUCUCAAUUUGCUCUGCGUUGUCGUGAAAGUGGUUUCUGGAUAGUGAUGCUGACUUGGCGACUCCAUAUUUUUUCAUUGGUAAGUAGUUUCUUUGCUCCAUAUUUUUCACGUGAAUUACGAAUUAACGAGUGAACGUACGUACCACCUCAGAAAAUUGUGAGUUGCUUCUGUUUUCUGUGUAUCAGAUACAUUGGUUCUUUUCGGAAAGAUGUUUUAUUGAAGGCGGAUGUUAAUUGUGGUAAUUUUUUGCUUGCGAAUUUGUUGCAGAUUUCACGUCACGUUUCUAUAAUUUAAUCGAGCUUCUUCUGUAUGUGGUAGUGAAUUGACUGACUAGUUUGGUUUUGUUGAAAACCAUUUACAAUCAAUCGCCGGCAGUUUAUAUUUUAUUUUCCCGACAUUUAUCGUCAAUUCUAGUGACUACUUGAUGCAAACAAAAAAAAUUCUGCAACGUAUAUCUUACAACUAUAGUUUCCUAGCCUUGAACUUUGGUAGAUCUUGUUCGUGUAUUUUUUUUUUCUCCGUUUAUAUAGAUUUUAUAAGAUCCUGGUGUAACGUGCACGGUUAUUUAUUCGAUAUUUUGUACGUGUCGGAUAA